AUGGUGGCCAAAACAAGCCGUCUGCUGUCCACAGCCUUUCCAUAUCUCCAGAUCUUUUCAGUGUUCGGCCUUACACCGCCGCCUCAAAGUUUUGGUAAAACCUCUCACAGACGACUCAGAUGGUAUUUGAUGGCUGGAUAUGCCUGCUAUGCCUGUUUGAUCCUUUUGGUGGUCUUCGCUGUAACCUACUUCAACAUCAAAGCCAUAAAUGAGGAAGUCUUGGAUUACCAUUUAGCUGACUUCACCAGAGUGAUGGGUACCAUUCAGAAGAGUCUGUACUCUAUCAUGGCCAUUGCCAACCAACUUAAUAUGUUGAUUAAUUAUCGUCGCCUCAGUGGAAUCUACGAGGAUAUUGCAAGUCUGGAAAUUGAUAUAGAUGAGGCAUCUCAGUGUUUCGGUGGUCAAAGGCAGCGCUACAGUUUCCGCUCCCGUUUGGCUUAUUUCGUUGGCUUAUGGAUGAUCUUGUUGAUUGGCUCAAUGCCCCGUCUUACCCAUUAUGCAAUGGGUCCCUAUGUCAGCCAACCAAAUAAGUUUCUCACCGAGUUCGUCUUGCUAAUGCAACAACUCAAGGCUCUGGAGUACUGCGUAUUUGUUCUCCUGAUUCAUGAACUGGUGCUACGAUUGCGCCAUACUCUUCUUCAGCUGCAGGAGGAAUUAGCGGACUGUCAUCAACAGAACAUGCUCCAAGCUCUGUGUGUGGCUUUGAAACGAAAUCAGCUGCUUAUGGGACGCGUAUGGAGACUGGAGGGUGAACUGGCGAGCUACUUCACCCUGACCAUGAUGCUCUUGUUCAUCUACAAUGGACUUACUAUACUUCAUUUGGUCAACUGGGCCUACAUAAAUACAUUCCUCGAUAAUGAUUGCUGUCGAUAUGAUCGAUUUUUUACUUCCACUUUACUGUUAAUAAACCUUCUGGUGGCCUGCCUUCUAAGUCAGCGGUGCAUCAAUGCAUACAACUGCUUUCCAAGAAUCCUACAUCAGAUCACAAGCACGUCUGCAGUAUCUAACUUUCCCAUGUUAACCAGAGGCUUGCGGGAGUAUUCCUUGCAGAUGCAGCACUUGAAACUGCUCUUCACCUGCGGCGGAUUCUUCUGA